AUGGCCACCAGUUCAACUACCCCAGAACCGCUAGGUAAUGAAGAACCUAUAUCCGGAUCUGUAGCUUCAUUGGAAGCCCGUGGCGCCAAUCCCGAAAGAUUUCUGUACAGGGAACUAUGUCGUACCCACCUAGGAGAAAGAGCUGCCGCUAUCAUAGAAAUCCUUGUUUCCAAAGGUCGCAUGUCAACCAGGGAGUUAAGUGAUCGGUCAGAGAUGGAUUUGAAAAGUGUUAAACGGAUCUUGGUGUCACUAGUUCAACUUCGUUGCGUACAGUACUGCAAUGACAUUCAUGCGGCAUCUGGACGCUCCACUAUUUACUAUUAUUACUGCGAAGACGGUAUGCUGCUUAUGCUUUAUUCAGGAGAGAUUGUUGAAACUAUAAAGGAAGUUUUCAAAGCUGACCUAGCGGCCCAAAUUGUGCAAAAUGUAUUGGCGUUAGGAUCACUAACUGUAAAAGCAUACCUCAGCGCAGGUCUCUCCAGUGACUCGCCAACGCUAGUUUCCUCGUUCUUCGUUAAGCUCUGUGAAGCUGGAUUCUUGACACCUCUCACUGUGACCGACUAUGCGACAAUUAGGGACUUGUGGGCUCGCCUUUAUACGAAAGAGUACAACGCCAUUCCUAAGACCUCGACUUUAUCAGAUCUCAAGAAAAGAACGGACGCUAAACAAAAAGCAAAAGAGCAGUUUGACAAGCUUCUCAGCCCCCCAGCCUCUUCUACUCUCAUCCAAACGGAUCCCAAAACAUCCAUGAGGGUUGUCGCUGAUAGUGUGCCACUGACGUUCAACUUGAAGACCUAUUUGAAAGUUAGAAGAUCCAAGCAGCUAGUGAGGCUUUCUGCGGCAAGAGUGGGAUCAAUUCCGUCUGCAAUUUACAAAGUAGUUCUCCAGCUAACGGAACGUCACUCGCCGGAAGUGAUCGAUCCAUUAUCCAAGACUGGUCUGCUUCAAGAUGCUGAUGAACAGAGAGCUAUGCAUGAUGAGCUCACCAUUUCCGAGGAGAAAACAAAAGGUGCCAAUGUUAGUGCAACUGACGUCGCUAGACUCCUUCCCGAUUCUGUAGAUUUGCGCGGCACCAUCUCCUCUCAGUUGAAAAGGCCCCGGUCAAACAAUAACCAAUCACAAUCUGCAAAGAGAGUUAAAACAGAAGAUGGCUUUGUUAUCCCCGCUUUACCAACUGAUGCUGCGGAAGAAAGCGAGCUUAAAGACGAUGAGAUGCUGGAUUUUGAUGAUAACGAUGAUGAUCCUCACUCGGUGAUGUUAGUCAAUGCUCAUUUGAAACUUCUCUCAACUUCCAUCAUCCCUUUUCUUCAUGAGUCACAACCCGGCCAGUUUUUCGUACCCUACUCGCGACUUUUACCGUUGCUAAAGUCCUCUGUUUACGAAACUUUGAUCAGUUUCACUUUGGGACCAUCUGCAGCCAGAAUUCUCCGCUGUGUGUGUGACAAUAGACUCGCAUCAGAGAAAGUGAUCAAUGCGACAGCUCUAAUGAAAGAAAAGGACAUCAGGUCGGUGAUUUCAGUUUUGAUAAAAUACAACGCCGUGGAAAUUCAAGAGGUGCCGCGAACAGCUGAUAGAGCUGCCUCCAGGUCGGUUUUCUUAUUUCGUAACAACGAAAAGCAUGCUUAUGAGUUUAUGCUGAAAAAUCUAACAUGGAACAUAGCAAAUCUUUACCAUAAGAUCGAAGAUCUCAAAAAUGAAAACUCAACGCUUCUGAAGAAAGCAAACCGUGACGAUGUUAAGGGAAAGGAAGUCGAGCUGUUACUACCCAGCGAACUCAACCAGUUAAAGAUGGUCAAUGAGCGCGAAUUAAAUGGCCUAACCAGGAGCGCGAGACUACUCUCCUUAUGGGAAGUCUUCAAAUUCUUUUGA